AUGGCUUCCAUAAUAAAUAAGCGUCAGCAGGCGCGCCAUGAGAGGGCGCUGCACGACCUCAUUCGCUCAGUUCCAGGCAAUGAUCAAUGUGCGGAUUGCCAGGCGCGAAAUCCAGGAUGGGCAAGUUGGAACCUGGGCGCCUUCCUCUGCAUGCGAUGCGGAUCGCUUCAUCGGAAAAUGGGAACACAUAUCUCAAAGGUCAAGUCCCUAAGCAUGGACAGCUGGACGUCGGAUCAGGUUGAGAACAUGAAAAAACGAGGAAAUACCAUCGUCAACAAGGAGUACAACCCGCGCAAUGUCAAGCCCGAUAUUCCCGUCGACAUCGACGAAGUGGACUUGGCAAUGGAGCGAUUUAUCAGACAGAAAUACGAGUUUCGCGUGCUGGAAGACGGCAAACCGAAACCACCGAGCAGGGACGAUUCGGGAUAUCAUACACAAAAAUCACUGGAUGAAUCGUCGCCAUCGCCCCCUCCGCCUCCAAUUCCGCCGAAGAGUGGCAGGAAGUUUGGAUUUGGGCUGCGAUCUGUCUCGUCCACCAGUCGCUUGCCUCGUCACUCUGACAAACCAAGCUCCCCUAGGUCUGCCACGCUUAAUACCUUGUCGCCCUCGUUGUCGCUCAAUAAGCAAUCGCGAGUCUUUGGCGCCAAUAUUGCAGAUGUUGAUAACCUGGAAACGAAACUGGACCAACUCAAAGACAUGGGCUUCCCGAACCACAAACGAAAUGCGUCCGUCUUGAAGGGUGUCGGAGGCGACCUGAAUCGCGCGGUGGAGUCUUUGGUUCGUCUUGGAGAGGGGGGCAAUUUCCUUCAAGUUGCAGCAGCUCCUCGAAAACCGUCUACUGCUACUAGCCUGCCUACCCCUAAAGCGGAGGCCGAUGAUCCCUGGAGCAUUACAUCGACUGUGACGAGCUCUGCCGGAGCACAUACAACAACACCGCAGCCCGCCAAACCCUACAAUCCGUUUGAUGUGCCCAACACACAAAACCCUUCUGCUACAGGUCUCGAGAGCGCAUUCCAGAACAUGCAGGUUGCGCAGCCUUUGUCUCCCCAUACCACGGGGGGUUAUGCUAGUGCUAGCCACCAGAUGACUGGCAGCAACAUGGCUCUCACACCACUCUACACAUCGCAUUCAUAUACAAGCUCUCCACAGCCUCUGGGUUACAAUCCAUUCUUCCAGACAGCCUCUCCGAUCAAUCAAAAUGCUGCAAAUCCCUACUUUGGCAGUCAAACCGCACAGUCAACACCUAUACAGCCCACACGGAGCUUUUCGCCAGCCAACCCAUUCACCAACUCGCUGUCAGCACAGUCCACCGGUGGUGCGCAGCAGAAUCUAGCACAAUCCCAGCGAUUUGCUAUGCCCGUUUUCUCUUCUUCCCAGUCUUCUUCUUCGCCACAGACUGCGGCUGCUACGUUCUACCAACAGCCACAAACUAAUCCUCAACCAUCAAGCAAUAACCCGUUCGAUACCGCAUAUAAUAAUAAUAUUAACAUCAACAAUUUCCACACUUAUGCACCCAAUUUCCAACAACCUCAAUAUACCCAGCAGCAAAACCCAUACGCUCAAUUUCAACAGCAGCAGCAGCAGCAACCUGCCAGAGCGGACAAAAAUAGCAUUCUAGCACUAUAUAACCUUGCGCCAGCUGCAGCGCCGACAAUGUCGACGAUUCCCGAGCAAUCUCAGGUUCCGCAAAUGCAGCAACAACAGACCAUGCAGUCGCAGACUCCUUACAAUGGCAUGGCUACGAUUCCGCAAAGCAAUGCUCCGACGGGGGCUGUCUCAGUCUCAAACCCGUUCAUGAACAACACUACUCAGCAGCAGCAUAACAACAAUCCAUAUGCGAUGAUGGCCUCUCAUUCAUCAGCUCCGGCUGCAGCCCAAUCAAAUGGUCUAGGGAUCGGCCUAGGGUCGGGACCAACACAAGCAUCAGCUCCUCCUCCCACAACAACACAGGCGAACAAUUACAUGCCCCGAGCACCAUUACACAUGAGCAAAGCAAGUGUAGAUAUCAAUAAUCUCCAAAGCGGCCGACAUAGCCCUGACGCAUUUGCGAGCUUAAGUGCAAGAUUUGGUUAA